AUGGAAGAGAUGUUAGAAGGGGAGCAUGCAACUUUGAACCCCAUUUACGCCAUGCCCUUCUCUGCCGACAAUCUCCUCAUCAACUACAAAAUCAAAGUUAUUCCGGAAGACGACAUCAUCUUUGACCAGGAGAUCGGACACGGCUGCUUCGGGAAGGUCUUCAAAGGUGAGUACCGGCCUCGAGAGGAAGAGGCGAUGACAGUGGCAGUGAAGGUGUUGAAGGACCAGGUGACCAAGGAAGCAGCCAACGAUUUCCUUCGCGAGGUCGCCACUGCUUCCUCCUUCGACCACAAGAAUAUUCUUGCUCUUACCGGCGUUGUCCUCCCAGAGAAUGGCUUGCCGAGGAUGGUGUUUAAAUUCAUGCCCAUGGGGGACCUUGCCGAGUUUCUCCGAUCCUGUUCGCCCUAUCUGAAGAUGUGCACGUUCAACAACCGCAAUGAGGAGACGCUGAGCCGUGAGCAGCUGCAUAAUUUCAGUCACCAAAUCUCGGAAGGGAUGGAGUACCUGUCGGGAAAGCACUUUGUGCAUCGAGACCUGGCAUGUCGGAAUUGCGUCGUGGACGAAGGUCUCGUCGUGAAGAUCUCAGACUUCGGUCUCGCCAGAGACAUCUAUACAUGUGAUUACUACAAGGUGGAAGGGAAUCGGUUGCUCCCAGUGAGAUGGAUGGCACCCGAGAGCAUCAUGUAUGGGAAAUUCACCCUCAAGUCCGACGUCUGGUCUUACGGUGUCCUCCUUUGGGAAAUCUUCUCCUACGGCAAACAACCUUACUACGGACGCACGAACGAGGAG